AUGGACUUCUUCCGAGAAUGCAUCGAAGCCUGCAUGUCCGAGGAAAUAGACUGGACAGCGCUCAGUCUGUUUGUGAUCAACAUCUCCCUCUUCACCAUCAUCUACCUGCUCCAAAAGUCUGCAAAGCUGGCAGCCACCAUUCCGGAAGUUUUGUUCCGACUUCGUGGCGGGGGCGAACAAGACCUCAGAGCGGCGUUGGAGGACAAGGGCCGCCUCAGUGAGGCAAAUCGGCAGCUUCAAGCAGAGGUUGUCGACCUUCGGCGCCAGUUGGUAACCCUGGACAAGCAAGGGAGCUUGCUCCCUCCACGGGUGCCUGUCAUUGUACACGACUACCAGAAAGACCACCACAAGAGACUUCGUGACAACGCGUACCGGGCGGAGAAGAAGGUGGACCAAUUGACGAAGGCACUGAAGGCGGCCGAGGACAAGAUUGCUGAGCUCGAGGCCGAGGCCGAGGCUGAAACGGACGCUCCUGCGUACGCUGAUGCCUGCGUGCUGGCUGCCACCGCUCAAAAAGAUGCGCGAAUCCGAACCUUACAGGCCGAGAUGGCCGUUGCCGCUUCGGCGGCUUCGGAAGCCAAUAAAGCCCUGGCGUCGGCUCUUGCAGCUGAGAAGGCCGAGUCUCAACAACUCAGGUCUUCUCUUGAAGCUCAAGAGGCCAAGUCAGGCGAUCUCGCGUCUCGCCUUGAAUCUGAGAGCGGUGUCUCUCAGAAACUUGGUGCGGAGGUUGCUGAACUUCGUGGGCGUGAGAGGGACGCCCAGUCAGCACUCCGGGAGGUGGAGGAGGCAGCCCUGGCCGAACGAGCAGCUGCAGACCGGGUUCGCGGACAGAUGGACGCUGAGAUCAGCGCCCUGAAGGCACAGCUUGCGGAGGCUAAGGCCCACGCCGCGGUUGUCGUGGUGGACACCGCAGAGAUGGGUGUUCAGACCGAUCUUGCUGUUGAGGCAUCUCCGGUGGUCACGCCGGUAGAUGUCAAUGAUGCAGGCACUCAAACCGAGUGUAUCGGGCUGGACACCCAGUCUCAGCACGCCGAGCUGGAGGCCUUGAAGUCAGAGCUGGGCAAGAGCAAGGAGGCGCUCGAGGCGGAAGGCAAGAAGUUUGCAGGGUUGGAUGUCGCCUACCAGAAGACCAAGGACAGCCUUGUCAGCUGCAGCGAGGCCCUAAAACAGCGCGAUCAGGACCUGAAGCAGUGCAGUGAGGCACUCGAGGCGGAAAGCAAGAAUGAGGCACUCGAGGCGGAAAGCAAGAAGUUCGCGGCGUUGAAUGACGCCUACAACCAAACCGUGGCCACCCUCAGCAAAUGCAAUGACGAGCUAAAGAAGGUCCGACAGGAGGCAAUUGAGUUGCGUUUCUAUAACACUCAAGGCGGCCAAGAAUUGCAACAGAGCAAGCGAGAGGUGGAGCACCUCAAGCAGCAGCUAAACGACUGUCAGCAGGAGUCUGCGAACAUCAUGCAUCAGCUGAAGCAUUUCCAAGAGACGGCCGGGAACCAGCAGCCAGUGGCAGCUGAAGUCAGAUACUGGAAAGACCGAACAGAUGCUCUCUCGAUUGAAAUGGCGAAUCUGCGUCGCGAGAACCUCGAGGCCAAUGGAAAACUUGGAAAAGUCCAGGACAACUUCAAAAAAGGCCAAAAGCAAUAUCAUCGCCUGAAGGAAGACCUCACGCAGCGACUAGAUGCGAGAGAGGAAGCCUACAAGGCCCUCGAGAAACAAUUGAAAGCUGAGUGCGAAGCACGCGACAGAGACAAUCAGGAAAAUCCCCAAGUCAAAAGCCUGGAGGCACAGGUCACGUCAAGGGACAUGGAGAUUCUGGAGCUGAGAAAAGAAUUGGUCGAGUCGGCUUUCCAAGCUGCAAAAAGCACGCCAAAGUCAGGCGCUCUAGGCUCUGACCCCUUUGUUGCGACACUCCCCAAGCCUGACAUUCAUAAAAUUCUCGCCAACAAGGAGCAGAUGAUAAAACAACUUGUUAUCACGAAAGGUCAGUAUGAGAAAAGACUCGAGGUUCAGGACGACGCUUACAAGAAACUCUUGGAGUCCAAUACUAAACUGGAAAGCAAAGUCGCGUCGCAAGUCCAGGAACUCGAGAACCUUUCGAAGAGCAAGGACGAACUCGAGAAGGAAAAACUGAGGUUGGAGGAAGAGAACAAGAAGCUUGAGAAAGAUCUGUCCGAGGAGGCCAUGGACCAUGCUUUCGACACCGAGUUCUAUGAAGAAGGCAGAAAAUUCUGUGAUAUAGCCGAAAAGAAGGCUAAAAAGCUGGAGACGCAGCUUGACGAAGUGCAGGCGUCGUUCCAGAACAUGCAACUCGACUUGAAGUUGAAGGAGAACCAAGUGGACGCAGCCCGCAUGCAAGCAGAUCUGUACAAGGAACAGGCACAAAAUAUCCAAGGCCAACAGGAACCGAGCACGCAGCAUGCCAAUCCACAGACACCGAAGCCUCGACCUCAGAAGCGUACCGUCAGCGGAAUGGACGAAGAUGGAGAACCGGAUCAGGGCCAGAGCACAAAGAAGAAGAUCUUGACCCCCCGCAAUUACCAUGGAACCCUGCUGUCGAACCGACUUCGCCAGGCACAAGGAGCUCAGGGAUCUCAGCGACCGCAACCUUCGGCAUUCUCACGCCUCCAGACGCGGCUCCUUUCUUCGCCUCUCCAGGCACAGGCGAAUCAGCCUACUCAAUCGCCGAUACUCCAACAGCUCCAGCCGCAGAUAUCAAGUCCAAUAAUAUCACGUCUUCAAGCGCAGGCAAGCCAGGCCACACAAGCGCCGGUCUUUGAGCCUCAACAAGCGCAGGCAACUCCCCCGUCGCAGGCGUCGGUCUACGAAUUUGACCCGCCGCGGCAAGUAAACCCGCUAUUCCCACGUGUCCCAGCGCAGGCAACUCAGGCCGCACCGUCACAGAACGAGACUGGGCAACAAGCUGAAGUGACCAUGGACGACUCAUCCAUCAUCUCCGAAGAAGAGUAA